GUGAAGUGCGGAGGUGCCAGGCUGUCGUUCGUUCGUCGGCUCCUCGUCGUCGUCGUCGUCGCGGUCCCCGUUGCCGUGUUCGUCGCCGUCGAAUGUCCAUGUGUCACGUGAACCCGUCAACCAAAAAGGCAAGGAAUUUGUGUAAACUCCAUUGACAAGAGGAUUGAUUAUAAACAUUUACAAAAUUGUGAUCAAGUGUGACGGUGAAGUAGACGUCCAACAGUGUCUGUGUGCGAGGAUUUUUACUAUUUUUUUCCCCAGAGUGAAAGUGAAUGACUGUUGUUUCGUUGACUUUUGUCAUUUCCCCGUGAGAUAAACGUGAUAUUACGGGACAAAUCGAGCAGUAAGUGAGUUUAUCGUCUGGGGGAAGAGGAAAUUUCCCCCCUACCCCCGUGUUUUUGAUUUUGGCAACGUUUUAUUUCUCUCCCGUGGAGUUACGUUGGCUGUGCACUGGAUAUCGCUCCUGCUUAUUGUGUAGUGGUAGAUCGUUGGAGCCGUUAACGGUUCGGGGAUAACACAACGUCACGCAAGCGUACACGAACACACGCUCGCGAGAGUACGAACGCUCCUCCGUGUUUUUUUUUCUUUUUUUUUCUCGGUCGUGAAAUUCUCAGCGAAAAAAAAAAACGAAACGGGGAUUUUUUUCGUGGACAUUGUGGAGGUGUUGGGAAGGGUUUUGACAGUGUAAAGGGGUAGAGACAGGGUGUUUUAAUUAUUUGUUGUGCACCGGCCGGCCGGCCUCAGAGAUCCAGGGAUAUUCAGCCUCGAGGGACUGUUUAAAACGACAAAACGGCUGAUAACGGGCAAUUUGGAUUUAUUAAUCAUAAGACAGAGUAACAGCCUGUAAAACAAGCUGGAAAUAUGAGCAUUGCUGCACUGCUGCAGGCCGCUGAGUACAUUGAACGAAGAGAAAGAGAAGCUGAGCAUGGAUAUGCGUCGACUAUGCCCCUUCCUGAUGAUCUGCGGACGAUCACCAAGAGGCCAAAGACGAAAAAAUCACAGGGUAGUCGAACUACCCACAACGAACUGGAAAAAAAUAGGCGGGCGCACCUCAGAAACUGCCUGGAAAAGUUGAAAGUCCUUGUGCCUCUGGGGCCUGAAACGUCGAGGCACACCACCCUCGGUCUUCUCACCAAGGCCAAGCGAUUUAUCAAGAGUCUCGAGGAUAGGGAACGAAAGCAUUCGGCUCACAGGGAGCAAUUGUCACGUGAGCACAGAUAUCUCAGACGGAGACUCGAGCAAUUGACGAAUCAAACGGGCCUCCAUGGUUUGCGUGGUAUACACGGCCUGGAUAAUAUCCAUGGGUUGAGUACAAGCGCACCAUCGGGUACGUCGUGCAGUCAAGCGGUUGCAGCGGCUGCAUUACUAUCCAAAAGACGAAGUGUCUCCGAAUGCUCGGUCACCACUGUCUCCUCCACGGGCUCAGCUGUGAGCUCUGGAAAUUCCGACAGAUCCACUGGCAGUCCAUCCUCUGUCUCGGAAUCUGAUGAAGUCGAUGUGAUUGGAUACACGAGCAAUCAGUCCGACACUGACGACCACAGCAGCAUCCAGAGCAGCAGUGACAGUGGUGUCGCAAUGUCCACGUCACGACUGACUCUCUCCGAAAUGAUGGACAAUCUCUAGACAAACAUGUGCAGAGUUACAUAACGAGGGAGCAUUCCGGAGGAUGUUGCGUCGAGAAUGUCGCAAAAAUAAGUUGGCAAAAUGAGCGUGAAAAAAAGAAAACUUUAAUGCAAGAGAACAAGAAGAACCCAGUGUUUUUAAAAUCGUACAUCUCAUCAAACUCGAUGAUUUUCUGGUCGUAAUGAAGAGAGAGAGAGAGAGAGAGAGAGAGA